AUGUCUAAGGCUCCUCGUCCUUACGUCGUUACGGGAAUGAUCGGUGAGGAUGGGUCAGUGUACCCACGUCUUGAGAUCCGCGAUCUCAUCAUCAAGCAUCCUGAGCAGUGGUCGCUAUUUGUGCGAUCACUGCUGCAGAUCUCCAACCCGGAAUAUCAACCCAAGCCAGCCUCUUUCGUUGAAAUUGCUGGCAUCCACGGAAUGCCAUACCAACGAUGGGCCGGAGAUCCUGACUGCAAGACCGUGUACCGUCCUGGAACCAACGGAGGUUAUUGUCGCCAUAGUUCCGUAUUGUUCGGACAUUGGCAUCGUCUGGCGGUCAUGCUGAUCGAACAAGCCGUCGGCGAAGUUGCUGCAAAGAUUGCGCUGGCGGAUGAACUCGACCCCAAGACACUCCCAGACCAGAAAGGUCGCUGGACGCAGGCUGCCAAGGAACUACGUUUUCCGUUCUGGGACUGGCUUGACCCACGCACCCCGGAGGAAGGUUUCCCCCGCGUUGACGGUAUAUCUGUCUUCGAGGUUCCAACUGUCAUGAUUCAAACAUCCCGCGGCGAGGAGGAGUUCAGCAACCCUCUGCGUUCCUAUGACUUCGGGGAGACUUUGCCUGCCAGCUUCGAGGACAACAUGGCCCUAUGGCACCGGACUUACAGGUGGCCCCGUUAUCCUGGCAGCGACUGGGCUAACCUGACCGAGGACUACGAGGGACUGCACAAAUGUCUGACUGGCACGGAUCAUCCCAAUCAGGAGUUCAAGCCGACGAGCUACAUGAGGGACAAGUUUGGCCAGCUUUUCAAACUUCCUCCGACUCAUCCGGAAGCGGACUGGCCUUCUCUUUGGGACGAAUGGGCAGACUCCACUCCGCAGGAGAAGAGGCUCGACGGUGGCUUCUGCCUUGGGAACUUUGAGGAAUGCCACCACAAGAUCCAUAACGACAUUGGUGGCGACGGGCACAUGUCCACCCCCGAUCAAGCCGCAUUCGAACCCUUGUUCUUCAUACAUCACAGCAUGGUCGAUCGUCUGGUUGCAAUGUGGGAAGCCGUGUAUCCCGACUACUGGAUGGGGAAGGGCUGGUACGAUAAGGAGGGGAAGCUACACUCAUUCAUUGGUCCCAAGGGUACUCUUACUCAGGAAGAGGGGACAGCUGUUGAUGAGGAUACCCCUCUCUCUCCGUUCAAGAAGAAUGAGACAGAAUACUGGACAGCUAAGGAUGCUCAUUUUAUUCACAGUGGCUCGGCCCUGAAGAAGUACUUCACCUAUGAGCCUGUUGGCCCCUUCAACUUUGACAAACCUAUCGACCGCUCCAAGCAGCAGGACCUUAUCGGCUUUAUGCAGCAAUACUUCAGCACGUCCAAGUUGGAUUACACGUAUGCUCCUUACGAGGGACCGCUUCCUUCUCUAUUCACCCCUCCUGCUAUGCCCGAAUUCUUCCCUGCAACACAUGAGCCAUUGCAGAACUUUAGGCGUUGGAUUCUAUUCAUCGAGGUUGUGGCGGAUGCCUGGAACGGCUCCCACAACAUCGAGAUAUUCCUGCACGACAAGCCCGAGAUCGCUCCUGCGAACAUUCCCAUCACGUCAGUGACCGCCAUCGCGCGUCAAAAGAAGACCAAGUGUGCGGGCUGUAUCGAGCGCAAGAAACGGGGCGCAAACUACCUUCAAGGCAUUGCCAUUCUUCAACGUGACGUUAUCAUCCCCUUGAUGAAGGUGAGCGGGAUCGACUUUGCCAAUGACAAGGACGCGAACGACAAGCUCUGCACCUAUAUCCAGUCCAGCUUGGGCGCGCGGUUCCAGCUUCCAGGCGGAGACAUCCUCGCGGAGACGACCAACCUUCUCAGCUCGGAGGACCUGGCGAAGCUCCAGAUGAUGCCGGGGGAGAAAACUCCUCGUGUGCGCCUCUUCUCCGGCGCGGCGGUGGUGGCCAAGCCCGACUCGGGGCUCGAGCACAAGCCCUACUAUUAUUAUGACUGGAAGGAUCACGGGUUCUUCAUGACCACAGAAAGCUGGAAGUGGAGACCCGAGAACUGGCACUAG